AUGGAUAGCAGCUGGGGGAGCCUCUUGGAGGAUGAGCAGCAGCUGAAGGAGCUGGUGUGUCAGGCUGUGGACCGGGCUCUGGCCGAGGGAGUGCUGCUAAGGACGCCACAAGAGCCCAGCUCUUCAGACGUGGUGAGCUAUGCCCCGUUCACACUGUUCCCCUCACUGGUCCCCAGUGCCCUGCUGGAGCAGGCCUACGCCGUGCAGAUGGACUUCAACCAGCUGGUGGACGCUGUCAGCCAGAACGCCAUCUUUCUGGAGCAAACUCUCUCCAGCACCAUCAAAAGGGAUGACUUUACUGCUCGUCUCUUUGACAUCUAUAAACAAGUCUUGAAAGAAGGCAUUGCCCAGACCGUGUUCCUGGGCCUGAACCGCUCAGACUACAUGUUCCAGUGCAGCGCAGAUGGCUCUCCAGCCUUGAAACAGAUUGAAAUCAACACCAUCUCGGCCAGCUUUGGGGGCCUAGCCUCCCGGACCCCGGCUGUGCACCGACAUGUUCUCAAUGUCCUGAGAAAGACCAAAGAAGCCACCAAGAUCCUCUCCAAUAACCCCAGCCAGGGAUUGGCCUGGGGGAUCGCCAAAGCCUGGGAGCUCUACGGCUCAGCAAAUGCCCUGGUGCUGCUGAUCGCUCAAGAGAAGGAAAGGAACGUGUUUGAUCAACGUGCCAUAGAGAAUGAGCUGCUGGCCAGGAACAUCCACGUAAUACGGCGACGAUUUGAAGAUGUCUCUGAAAAGGGGUCUCUGGACCAAGACCGUAGGCUGUUGAUGGAUGGCCAGGAAGUUGCUGUGGUUUACUUCCGGGAUGGCUACAUGCCGAGUCAAUAUAGCCUACAGAACUGGGAAGCACGCCUACUGCUGGAGAGGUCGUGUGCUGUCAAGUGCCCGGACAUUGCCACACAGCUGGCUGGCACUAAGAAGGUGCAGCAGGAACUGAGCAGGAAGGGUGUGCUGGAGGCACUGCUGCCUGGCCAGCCUGAGGCUGUGGCCCGCCUCCGUGCCACCUUUGCUGGCCUCUACUCAUUGGACAUGGGCGAAGAAGGGGACCAGGCCAUCACCGAGGCCCUUGCUGCCCCACACCGAUUCGUGCUAAAGCCCCAGAGGGAGGGAGGAGGUAACAACCUAUAUGGAGAAGAGAUGGUCCAGGCCCUGGAGCAGCUGAAGGACAGCGAAGAGAGGGCCUCCUACAUCCUCAUGGAAAAGAUUGAACCUGAGCCUUUUGAGAAUUGCCUGCUCCGGCCUGGCAGCCCUGCCCGAAGGGCCCAGUGCAUCUCCGAGCUGGGCAUCUUUGGGGUCUAUGUCAGGCAAGGAAAGACACUUGUGAUGAACAAGCACGUGGGGCAUCUGCUUCGAACCAAAGCCAUUGAGCAUGCUGAUGGUGGUGUGGCCGCAGGAGUGGCAGUCCUGGACAAUCCAUACCCUGCGUGA